AUGGCGAGAGUCGCAUGGGGCCUCCGAGAAGCUAGCUAGCUAGUGAUCGAGGAGGAGGAAACCAGCCUCGUCGUCGCCGGGGGCGCCCAAGCCAUCCGACAGGCUCACGCGGCGGACGUCGAGCGCCUGGCCGCCUGGCCAGCAUCUCCAGCGACGACGACCUCGACGUCGCGCCGGAGUACUACGCCGCCGCCGCCAUGUCCGGAGACUAUGCCAACUACACCGUCCUCAUGCCGCCCACCCCGGACAACCAGCCCUACGGGGGUGGUCUCCCGCCCGCGGCGCCGACCGGUGGUGGCGCCAGGCCGGGCGAUCUGCCGCUCCCGCCCUAUGGCUCGUCCAAGCUCGUCAACCGGCGCGGCGGCGCCGGUGGCGACGACGGCGCGAAGAUGGACCGGCGGCUGUCGACGGCGCGCGUGCCGGCGCCGUCCAACUCCAAGUCGCUGCUGGUGCGAAGCCAGACCGGAGACUUCGACCACAACCGGUGGCUGUUCGAGACCAAGGGCACGUACGGCAUCGGGAACGCCUACUGGGCCCAGGACAACGCGUACGCCGGCGACGACGGCGGCGGAGGCGGCGCUGUGAAGAUGGAGGACCUCGUCGAAAAGCCGUGGAAGCCGCUGAGCCGCAAGGUGCCCAUCCCUCCCGGCAUCCUGAGCCCCUACAGGCUGCUGGUGAUGGUGCGGUUCGUGGCGCUCUUCUUCUUCCUGGUGUGGCGCGUGACGAACCCUAACAUGGACGCGCUCUGGCUGUGGGGGAUGUCCAUCGUGUGCGAGCUCUGGUUCGCCUUCUCGUGGCUGCUCGACCAGAUGCCCAAGCUUAACCCGAUCAACCGCGCCGCCGACCUGGUGGCGCUCCGGGAGAAGUUCGAGUCGCCGUCGCCGACGAACCCGACGGGGCGCUCCGACCUGCCGGGGCUGGACGUGUUCAUCUCCACCGCCGAUCCCUACAAGGAGCCCCCGCUUGUGACGGCCAACACGCUGCUCUCCAUCCUCGCCACCGAGUACCCGGUGGAGAAGCUGUUCGUCUACAUCUCCGACGACGGCGGCGCGCUGCUCAACUUCGAGGCCAUGGCGGAGGCGAGCGCGUUCGCCAAGGUGUGGGUGCCGUUCUGCCGCAAGCACGGCAUCGAGCCGCGCAACCCGGAGGCGUACUUCACGCAGAAGGGGGACCCGACCAAGGGCAAGAAGCGGCCGGACUUCGUGAAGGACCGGCGGUGGAUCAAGCGCGAGUACGACGAGUUCAAGAUCCGCGUCAACGGCCUCGCCGACCUCAUCCGCCGGCGCGCCAACGCCAUGAACGCUCGGGAGCGCAAGCUGGCGCGCGACAAGCAGGCUGCGGGGGAGGCCGACGCGCUCGCCGCCGUGAAGGCCGCGACCUGGAUGGCCGACGGGACGCACUGGCCGGGGACCUGGCUGGACCCGGCGCCGGACCACGGGAAGGGGGACCACGGCAGCAUCGUGCAGGUGAUGAUCAAGAACCCGCACCACGACGUGGUGUACGGGGAGGCCGGCGAGCACCCGUACCUGGACAUGACGGACGUGGACGUGCGCAUCCCGAUGUUCGCGUACCUGUCGAGGGAGAAGCGCGCCGGGUACGACCACAACAAGAAGGCCGGCGCCAUGAACGCCAUGGUGCGGGCGUCGGCGAUCCUGUCGAACGGGCCGUUCAUGCUCAACUUCGACUGCGACCACUACAUCUACAACUGCAUGGCGAUCCGGGAGGCGAUGUGCUACAUGCUCGACCGCGGCGGCGACCGCAUCUGCUACAUCCAGUUCCCGCAGCGGUUCGAGGGGAUCGACCCCUCCGACCGCUACGCCAACCACAACACCGUCUUCUUCGACGGCAACAUGCGCGCCCUCGACGGCCUGCAGGGCCCCAUGUACGUCGGCACGGGCUGCCUCUUCCGCCGCUACGCCGUCUACGGCUUCAACCCGCCGCGCGCCAUCGAGUACCGCGGCGCCUACGGGCAGACCAAGGUGCCCAUCGACCCGCAGUACCCGCGGCACGGCGGCGACGCGUCGUCCGGCGGCGAGCACGAGCUGCGGCCGCUGUCGGAGCACCCCGACCACGAGGCGCCGCAGAAGUUCGGCAAGUCGAAGAUGUUCAUCGAGUCGAUCGCCGUGGCGGAGUACCAGGGGCGGCCGCUGCAGGACCACCCGUCCGUGCAGAACGGGCGGCCCCCCGGGGCGCUGCUGAUGCCGCGGCCGCCGCUGGACGCCGCGACGGUGGCGGAGGCGGUGGCGGUGAUCUCGUGCUGGUACGAGGACAACACGGAGUGGGGGCAGCGCGUGGGGUGGAUCUACGGCUCCGUCACCGAGGACGUGGUGACCGGCUACCGGAUGCACAACCGCGGGUGGCGCUCCGUGUACUGCAUCACCCGGCGCGACGCGUUCCGCGGGACGGCGCCGAUCAACCUGACCGACCGCCUCCACCAGGUGCUCCGGUGGGCGACGGGGUCGGUGGAGAUCUUCUUCUCCAAGAACAACGCGCUGCUGGCGUCGCGGCGGCUCAAGUUCCUGCAGCGCAUGGCGUACCUCAACGUCGGCAUCUACCCCUUCACCUCCCUCUUCCUCAUCAUGUACUGCCUCCUGCCGGCGCUGUCCCUCUUCUCCGGCCAGUUCAUCGUCGCGACGCUGGACCCGACCUUCCUCUGCUAUCUGCUGCUCAUCACCGUCACGCUCAUGCUGCUGUGCCUGCUCGAGGUGAAGUGGUCCGGGAUCGGGCUGGAGGAGUGGUGGCGGAACGAGCAGUUCUGGGUGAUCGGCGGCACGUCGGCGCACCUGGCGGCGGUGCUGCAGGGCCUGCUCAAGGUGGUGGCAGGCAUCGAGAUCUCCUUCACGCUGACGGCCAAGGCGGCGGCGGACGACGACGACGACCCGUUCGCGGAGCUGUACCUGAUCAAGUGGACGUCGCUCUUCAUCCCGCCGCUGGCCGUGAUCGGGAUCAACAUCAUCGCGCUCGUCGUCGGCGUGUCGAGGACGGUGUACGCGGAGAUCCCGCAGUACAGCAAGCUGCUCGGCGGCGGGUUCUUCAGCUUCUGGGUGCUGGCGCACUACUACCCCUUCGCCAAGGGCCUCAUGGGCCGCCGCGGCCGGACCCCCACCAUCGUCUACGUCUGGGCGGGCCUCAUCUCCAUCACCGUCUCCCUCCUCUGGAUCACCAUCAGCCCGCCCGACGACCGCAUCACCCAGGGCGGCAUCGACGUCUGAUAUACUCACACUUACCUACUACUGUACCUCCAUCAUCAACAUCAAGAUGGAACCAAGCAAGGAUCUUUUUUUUUUUUGGUUUUUUGGAUGAACAGAUUUGCUGGGUUAAUUAGAUUGUGUAGCUCCUGUGUUACUUAAGGAUGGUAGAUAGAGAAGGUCCCUAUUUUAUACCAACUUUAGUCGUACACCACCAUCAGAGAGUUUAAAAGAGUAGUCCCCUUGUGUACCAAUCAACGGAGGCUAGCUCUACAUAAUUUCCUUUCUUUUGGGUUCCCGUCCA